AUGAAUGAAGCUGGUGAGGAACUGUUGAGCUUUCUAUCCAUGUUUAACUCUCGACUCUGUAAUACGUACUUCCAGAAAAAGGGCAUUCAUAAAGUUACCUGGCAGCACCCACGUUCACAGCACUGGCACUGUAUUGACUAUGCGAUCACCCGGCAGCGGGAUUUUCAGCGCUGUACAGAUUGCCGUGUGUACCGGUCUGCUGAGUGUGGGACCGAUCACAAACUUGUUGGGUUAACGGUGUCACUUGGUUGCCGCCGCCGUUUCUACCCGCCAAAGAGCAAGGCCCCUGAUCGCCGUCGCUUUGAUGUAUCCCAGCUCGGACCUGCUGACCCAACUGCAUCAGAGGAUGAUGAUUUAGUAAGGCAAGCAACUGUGGCGGAGUGGUACCAUACCUCAUCCGACUGUUUGCAAGACGCUGCACCAGGGACCUCAGUUCAGGAUCAAUGGAGUUCACUACGGGACGCCACAGUUAAAGCAGCUACCUCUGUCCUAGGCAAGAGUCGCCGUCGUCAGCCAGAUUGGUUCUCAGCCAGUUCUGCCACUCUCGAGCCUCUCCUUGCACAUCGUAACACUCUAUUCCAGAAAUCUUUAGCAGAUCCAUCACCUCUGGUCCGGCGAGAGUUUGUCCGCGCGCGCUCAGCUGCAAGGGAUGCUGUUCGCAGUGCUAAGGAGGACUGGUUCCGUAAGAUUGCGUCUGAUGCCGAAUCUAGGAAGUUUGGGUGUAAGGCUGUGUGGAACAGCAUCCGGGAUCUACAGACCGCCCGGCGCGGAUUGAUUCCCACUAAGUCGUGCCUGAUCAAACAGACUGAUGGCUCACCAUGCUCGUCCGUUGAGGCACAGCAGCACCGCUGGUCUGAACAUUUCGAAAAGCUGCUGAACCUUCCAAGCGGCUUUGUCCGAUCUGAAAUUGACUUGGUCCAGCAGCGGAACAUCAUGGAACACCUGGCCACCUCACCCACUGCUGAAGAGGCCCAGCGCUGCCUUCGCUAUCUUACGAACGGGAAAGCUGCUGGAAGCUCCGGCAUUCUACCGGAAAUGGUCAAAUACAACUGUGACCUAUUCUAUGCCAAUCUGUUUAAGCUCAUUACCGCGGUUUGGGAGGAGGGCGUAGUACCGCAAGAUUGGGUGAAUGCUGAGAUAAUACCGAUACCCAAGAAGGGUGACCUCACUAGCUGCGACAACUGGCGUGGCAUCGCACUCCUCGACGUCAUUGGCAAGCUGUUCGGACGCCUGCUGCAAAAUCGAUUGCAGAAAGUCGCCGAAAGUGUGCUGCCUGAAUCACAGUGUGGUUUCCGGAAAGGUCGCUCCUGCACGGACAUGACGUUUGUUGUUCGCCAGGUUGUGGAGAAGUGUCACGAGCACCAUUCCCAGGGAUUCCUGGUGUUUGUCGAUUUGAGGAAGGCAUACGAUUCUGUUCCGCGUGCUGCACUGUGGAUUGUCCUGCUGAAGCUGGGAGUCCCGGAGCAACUGGUCAGCCUUCUGAAGUCUUUUCACGACAACAUGACAGCCACGAUCAUCGUUAAUGGUUCCCCCACUGAAGGCUUCCCAGUGUGCAACGGAUUGCGCCAAGGGUGUACAAUGGCACCAGUCCUUUUCAACUUGUUUGCUGGUGCAGUGAUGGAACGUUGGUGCGCACGCGUCCAAGAGCGUGGAGUGUCUGGUUUUCCACUCCGUACCUGUGCCGAUGGUCAGCUUUUCAAGAGAUCUAAGCGUGGUAAUGAUAUGGUCAUCACAGAUGGUGAGUUUGCUGAUGAUGCAGCCUUGUUUGCACCCAGCCACUCGGAUGCUCAGCGUAUGCUUGAGAUAUUUGCGGAGGUCAGUGGAGCAUUCGGGCUGUCUCUCAACAUGGCAAAGACAGUGUUCAUGGCUGUUGGGCAUCAGAUCAACGACAGUGACCGUACCCCGCUAAGCGUACAAGGCAACGCCAUCCAGCAUGUCAGCCAGUUUACAUAUCUCGGCUCAGUGGUAACACCAGACGGACGAUGCCACAGAGAUGUGUCCAACCGCAUAGCUGCUGCAUCUAAGGCCUUUGGCAGCCUCUACUCGUCAGUUUUUCGGAACACUUCACUAACAUCCAAGACGAAACAACACACGUACACAUGCUGUGUGUUGUCGGUGCUGUUGUACGGGGCUGAGAACUGGACACUGUUGCGUGCCGACAUACGUCGCCUUGAACAAUUCCACAACCGCUGCGUUCGUGUCAUUCUCGGCAUCUCGCGUUCCAAACAGUGGGAGGACCACCUGUCAUCUGCCUCGCUGCAUAGAAUGUGCGCUACAGAGCCAGUUGCUGACAUGGUUGCCCGUCGACGGCUGCAGUGGCUUGGCCACAUUGCCAGGAUGGACGACCACAGGCUUCCAAAGGCAGUGUUGUUCUCGUGGCUCCAUACUGCACGCCCUGCUCAUGGCCCCAGGCGUCGAUGGCGUGAUGUGGUACGCGAUGACCUCAAGGCGUUCGGUCUAUACACCGGCGAUCUCGACCAAUGCACUCGUGAGCCUGCUCCGUCAGCGUCCUGGCUGCCGUCUACCUCCCUCCGCACUAGCCAAGCUGUGGAUGACUCGAUUUCUCUAGUGAUGAAGUGGGUGACAUCACAGCAACGACCACCUAAGGGAUCAGUUGAGUUAGCUUCUGUUCAUCCUGAUGUGCACCGACUCUGGACGCAGUUCAAUUGCCUCAUUGUCCAAGAUGGUGUUCUCUACCGACGGUAUGAGUCUUAUGAUGAUCUGUCCUCGUAUCUUCAAUUGGUCCUGCCUGCGUCACAACGUCCUACUGUUGUCAGAUCACUGCAUGCCGGUAUUGGAUCGGGCCAUCUUGGCGUCACCCGCACCAUCGACAAGGCCCGUACACGGUUCUACUGGCCCCACAUGGCUGAUGACAUCGAACAGUGUGUUAGAACCUGCCCGGAGUGCCAAAAACGGAAAGCACCUCAGCCCAAACCGAAAGCACCUCUGCAAUCGCAAACAUCAUCCUAUCCAAGCCAGCGUGUCGCCAUCGACGUCAUGGGCCCCCUUCCUAUCACUGAUCGAGGAAAUCGGUUGUGUACUUAG